UCACCGUAGCUAUACCAUUAUCUCUAAGUUCUCAACUGGCGCUCAUCGCUCUUUCAUCUUCUUCAAUAAUUCAGUGAACUCAAAGCUCUGCAGAAGUAAAGGUCCUCGAGAAAAUGGCAGAGGAAGAGCCCAAGAAGGUGGAACCCGAGUCGCCUCAACCUCAACAUCCCCCACCCGAAUCCGAACCCGAAACCGCACCCGUUGAAGAGAAGUCAGUCGUACCUUUACCUCUUCCUCCUCCUGCUGCUGCUGCUGAAGACAAAGCAGAUGAUACCAAAGCUCUUGCUGUUGUUGAAAAGCCUAUUGAGACCCCAGUGGUGAAAAGUAAAGACGGUUCUGGUAAUCGAGAUGUUGAGCUUGCACGAGUUGAGACAGAUAAGAAGUUGUCUUUGAUUAGAGCAUGGGAAGAAAAUGAGAAAUCAAAGGCAGAAAACAAAGCUCAGAAGAAGUUCUCUACAAUUGGAGCAUGGGAGAACAGCAAGAAAGCUUCCAUUGGGUCUGACCUAAAAAAUUUUGAGGUAAAAAUGGAAAAGAAGAAAGCAGAAUAUGCAGAGACAAUGAAGAACAAGAUUGCUUCGGUCCACAAGCUCGCUGAAGAAAAGAGGGCGAUUGUGGAAGCCAAGAAAGGGGAAGAUCUCCUGAAGGCAGAGGAGAUGGCUGCUAAGUAUCGCGCAAGCGGACUUGUUCCGAAGAAGCUGCUCCUCUGCUUUGGAGGCUGAAAUAUCCAUUCUGGGAAAUGAAAGUCUUCCAAAAUCUACAUGUUCCAGCUCGGUUUGUGUCCAUCUUCUUGCAGUGUGCUUUAAAGUGGAUAAAUAGCCAUUGUUCUUUGAACUUCUUGCUGUUCAUAUCUAUAGUUCUCAAGUGAAUCUGUUGUUUUCUUCUGGAACAUGUAAAGAAAUCUUGUAUAGCAGUUAUGUAUAGCUCAUCUGAAGAUAUUUGUGGUGGUAUCAAGUUUGCAUAGGUCGUGUGACAUGUAAGAGUGUUUCCCAAAGGGUAUGACUUUGAAUGAAUGGUUUAAAUUAUCCAUA